UUAGAUUGUGAAGUGCACACUUGCAACGGUAAACGUAUGUCUCGCGUUAAAUAACACGCAGGAUACUCGGCAGUGGCGCGAUUCGUUCUACGCUUUAGCAUGCAUUUUACCGAUACCGUAAGAUGCUCAUCAGAUGCUUCAGGCUCAAGAGAAUCUACUGCAAAGUGCUCCUUCUUUUAACGGUGUUGGCUACAGUUUGCUUGCUUUUGUACUUAAGGUCGAAACUGCCUAAUUCGCCUGUCCCUAGUCGGUUGGUUUCCAAAGAGAAUUACCCCUUUGAGCAAAAGUUACUUGCAUGGGAAUCCAAAAUCAUAAAGGGACUAGGAGAUGAAGGGGAGCCUGCCUUUCUUGAUGGCGAGGACGCCAUCGAGGGCGAGAAAGCGCUUAAAAAAUACGCCCUCAAUACAGUGCUAAGUGAUCGAAUGCCUUUAGAUAGGAAACUGAGGGACCCUAGGAAUAGGAAGUGCAAAGAUUUGAAAUACUCUCCAACAAUCAAAGCUUCGGUUAUUGUGAUAUUUUAUAAUGAGCUCAUGAGCGUGAUAUUGCGAACAGUAUGGAGUGUGAUUUUACAAACUCCUAGUCAUCUUCUGCAAGAGAUUAUAUUGGUAGAUGACUGUAGUACUGAUGAAAACCUUAAAGGGCUGUUGGACCACUACAUAGCUACAAGACUGCAAAACUACAAUAUAAAUGUAAUAAGGCUUAAGCAUCGUUUAGGUUUGAUUCGGGCUAGAUUACAGGGUGCCAGAGAAGCCACUGGCGAUGUACUUAUAUUUUUAGAUGCUCAUUGUGAGGCAACAAAAGACUGGAUCGAGCCGCUCUUAUCCCGAAUUGAGGAAGACCACACAGCAGUCUUAGUGCCAAUUAUAGAUGUCAUUGAGGCAAACAACAUGGGUUACUCCACAAAUGGGGACUCCAGCUUCCAAGUUGGAGGAUUUUCGUGGUCCGGACAUUUCACGUGGAUCGACAUCCAGGACGAGAAUGACAAAAACAAGGUAACCCCCAUCAAGUCUCCCACAAUGGCCGGCGGGUUGUUUGCCAUAAACCGAAACUUUUUCUGGGACAUUGGGUCCUAUGACGAGCAGAUGGACGGAUGGGGCGGCGAAAACUUGGAAAUGUCGUUUCGGAUAUGGCAGUGCGGGGGACGGUUGGAAACAGUGCCGUGUUCACGAGUAGGCCACAUCUUCAGAGACUUCCACCCGUACUCGUUCCCCGACGACAAAGACACCCACGGCAUAAACACCGCCCGUCUGGCCCACGUUUGGAUGGAUGACUACAAGCGGCUGUUUUUCAUGCACCAACCCGCACUGGAGAACAACCCCAUCGUCGGCGACUUAACCCAUCGGAAACAGUUGAGGCAAAAAUUGAGGUGCCAAACGUUCAAGUGGUACUUGGACAACGUCUAUCCGGAAAAAUUCGUACCGGACGAGAACGUGUCGGCUUACGGACAGGCUAGGACCGAGUUCGACAUGUGUCUCGACGAUCUGCAGCUGCCCGACGACAAAGUCGGACCUCUUGGACUGUACCAGUGCCACCAGUUCCUGGCUGUAUCACAGUACUUUUCGUUGAGUCGGCGCGGCGAGCUGCGCAAAGAGAACUUCUGCGCAGAAGUGUUCAAUAAACGCGACGUCCAGCUGACCGAGUGUCACGGACACAAGCGCGAGCAGUACUGGAUACUGUACAAGAACGGUACCGUCUACAACCCGGCGACGAGGAAGUGCCUGAGCAGCGACGGUGUCGAAAUGGGCAAGGGGGUGAAGGUGGAGAGGUGCAGGGGCGGCGUCUUUCAGAGGUGGGUGUUCACGCACGUUAAUGCCACCGCGCUUCCGGGAUGACGGUUAUUUUUUUUUUGUUACGAAUUUUUUAACGAUUUUGCGAGAUGAUUUGUAGAGGAGGACAGGACAGCACAGGAGGGGCCCGCGAUAUGGUUAACAGCAAUAACUUCGGUAUUUUUCUGUUCUCAAUAUAAAAAUCUAAGUUUCUCAGGCGAGCUAUUCAAGAAUCGUUCUUAAGACAAGUACAAUAUCGCAAUCAUGGCUCUGCACUAAGCGUGGCUUAUCGAUGCUCUACUAUAACAAGUGUCCCACCCAGCUUAGUAAGCAAUGCACAAUUAUUCCAACAGAAAUUAAUUUGACUGGAGAGCUUUGGUACAUCCAUAGAAAUAAAGUAUCAAAUAGGCAUUUUGACUUAUAUUAAGUAUUUACAUUUUCUGGCGUUAAGUUUCUAGAAAUUUUAACAAGAACAAUUAUCUUUGCAUUUUAGAGAAAAGUAAUAAAUCCGCAAUGGUAAUUAAAGUCGCCUGUAUUUUAAAAAUACAAAAUGCAAAAGGCAAACUAAAAAUUUCAAAUAUAUAUAUUGCAGUCAAAGUGUACAUUCCGGUCAAAUGUAUGCAUUUACUAGCCAAUGCAUACAUUCACUUCCCAUUUUAUUGGAAUGAACACCUUAACUAGCAACUGCAUACAUUAACUAAUUAAUGCAUGCAGUUACUAACCAACUGCCGUCAAAGCGUUAAUUGAUGAAUUUCAAAAUAAAAUUUAGUUUUGCAAAUAAAAAAAUUUAUUAUUGACUCUAUGAUUAUUGCACUAGAGCUAGUUAUAACAUAAAAUACAAAAGCACCUAACAUAGAAAGAAAAUAAUUUGAAACACAAACACAUUUAUAAAUAAGAAAAACACUUU